CUGUUUUUUUCUCCCUGCAGGCCGAGUUGUGUUUUUGGGAAAAGCCGGUGAUAUGCAGCAACCAAGUUCUGCUGAGCUUAGAGGCGUUGGCUACUACUGAAUUUUAACAUACAAAAUUGUCAUAAAGGUACACAAUUUGCUAUUGUAGUUUCACUUCUGUUGUCUCUUCUUGUAUCUUGAAGGUUUGGUUUAGCGUUCUUCAAUUGGCAUUGGCCCUUUACAUUGUUUUCGGCUAACCAAACUAAACCAAACCCAACCAAUACGAUUUAAAUUAAACCGAAUCUAAACCAAAAUCUCGAUUCUAAACAAAGUGAAAAUCAAGACCAAUCUCCACGUGUUUACAAACAUUGCAUGAAUGCCACCUCAAAGCUGAAUCUGUCCUCCAUUUGUUUUACCCUUCCUCAUUCUAUUCUUUGUCACACACGAAAACAACAAUAGCUCUCUACAAUGGCGGAAAGGUUCUCUAGCGGCGAGGCCCAAUAUUGGCCCAUCUACGGUAGCUCCACCACCACUCCCACUGUUAGCAACAGCCCCAUCGCGUCGGUUUUCCAUCAGCUCCGAUCUCAUUCUCCAACCUCCUCGCAGCUCUUUGGUUUCCUCGCUCUCUUUAUCUCCAGUGGAAUCCUCCUCUUCCUCCUCGGUGUAAGCGUCACCGCCGCCGUGCUCGGCUUCAUUGUGUUUCUUCCAUUGAUCAUCAUCUCGAGUCCGAUAUGGAUUCCCGUUUUUGUCCUCGUGGGCGGGUUCUUAACGGUCUCUGGAUUUCUGGUCGGAACGGUGACAGUCCUGUCGUGGACGUACCGCUAUUUCCGGGGAAUGCACCCGGUUGGAUCGAAUCAGAUGGAUUAUGCACGUAGUCGGAUCUAUGACACGGCCUCUCACGUCAAAGAUUACGCUAGAGAAUACGGUGGUUACUUCCAUGGCAGGGCUAAAGAUGCGGCCCCUGGUGCUUGACCUGAACCGGUUGGUAUAGUCUGGGGCAGGGUAGUAUUAACCGAUCGCGGUACGAUUUAUGGAGCAGGAACACGGUUCAUGGUAUUAUACUAUAUUUUCUUAUUUUGUUUCCGUGAUAAGAUGAAGAAGAAUGUCUAGUUAUGUAUAAGAACAUCGAGUUAUCUUGAAUUGUAAUAUUUUAUUUUGUUUCCGAGUUUUUU